AUGGGCUCCCGCGCCGCCGCUGCCCCGGACCCCGAAGCCCAGUGGCCGGCCGCGCCCCCCGCCAGCUCCUGCCGCCCGCUGCCCUGGGCCCUGGGCGCAGCGCUGCUGCUGCUCGCGGGCACCUGCGCCGCCUGCGUGGCCCGAACCUGGGCGGUGCCGGGGACCCCCGCCUCGCCCAGCCCCGGCCCCGCGCCGAGCCCAAGACUCCGCGGGGACCCCGAGUUCCCGCUCGAUGCCGGCGCCGGCCUCCCCGACCCGCAGCAGGGCAUGUUCGCGCAGCUGGUGGCUCAGAACGCACUGUUGACCGACGGGCCCCUGCGCUGGUACAGCGACCCGGGCCUGGCAGGCGUGUCCCUGGCGGCGGGCCUGAGCUACGACGAGGACAGUCAGGAGCUGGUGGUGGCAGAGGCCGGCGUCUACUACGUCUUCUUGCAAGUGGAGCUGCAGCGCGUCGUGGCCGGCGCCGCCUCGGGCUCCGUGUCUCUGGCUCUGCACCUGCAGCCGCUGAGCUCCGGGGCCGCCGCCUUGACCCUGACCGUGGACCUGCCGCCCCAGCCGACUCCGAACUCGGCCUUCGGCUUCCGGGGCCGCCUGCUGCACCUGGGCGCCGGGCAGCGCCUGAGCGCCCACUUGAGGGCCGAGGCGGGGACGCAUUUCGCCUGGCAGCUCGCCCACGGCGCCACGGUCCUGGGCCUCUUUCGCGUGACCACCCAAGUCCCCGCCGGACUCCCCUCACCGCGGCCCACGUGAUGCCCGGCCUGGGUGCCACCCACCUGGACAGAGACGGAAUCCUGCUGUCCUUGCUUCGUUGUGGCCCCUGGUGCCGGGGCUCGGUUGCUCUACCUCACCCGGGGCUGGGCGGGGGUCUCCGCUGCUGACCCCUCCUCGAGGACUCUCUUCACCCACU